AUGCCAACCUUUUUGAUUCAGUUUGCUCAGUCUCAUGACGAGUUUAGACUUCCUGAAUUUUUGUCGCUUGCAAAAUUGGAGAAAGUCAAUGUGAAAUACAACAAGGAUGAGUACAAGCUUGAUAACCCCUUUUUCAAAGUCGAGCUUGAUUCCACAGAAGAGGCACAGAAACUCAUCAAAAGAGCCAUCUUGAUCAAAAACAUCUACGAACUCUGGGGAGAUGGAGAGACAUACGAGCAGGUGCACGAGCAAGUGAAAAAGACAAGCGAUAGAUGGAACGACUACAUGACAUGCUCUUUCAAAUUUGUCGUGUCAGCAUUCGGAUCCACCAUCACAUACAAGGAGCAGCUUGCCAUCAUCAACUCUUUCUCCUACCUUGGCUUCCAAGGUGUCAUUGACAUGAAGAAUCCUGAGGUGCAAUUCCACGUUUUGGCUGAUUAUGGAUUUGAAAAUGGAACAGAAAGACCUGCACCUAUUCACAUCUAUAUGGGUAGAUUGAUCGCCACUGGCAGCCGUGAUUUGGUCAACUUGUACAACUUGAAGAAGAGAAAAUAUUUGGGCACAACUUCUAUGGACGCAGAAUUAUCACUAGUGAUGGCAAAUCAAGCAUUAGCUGCCCCUGGCAAGAUUGUGUAUGAUCCAUUUGUGGGAACAGGUAGUUUCUUGUUUACCUGUGCUCACUUUGGCUCCUUCACAUUGGGUUCAGAUAUUGAUGGACGACAGAUUCGUGGAAAAGGCAAAUCAGGAGUGAAAUCCAACAUUGAACAAUACAACUUGCAGGGCCGUGUACUGGACGCUCUGGUGUUUGAUAUCUGUCACAAUCCUUGGAGAUCGCAACAAUGGCUAGAUGCGAUUGUCACUGAUCCUCCAUACGGUGUGCGUGCUGGUGCCAAAAAAUUAGGCAGACAUGAUGGCAAAGAACUUGCUAUGCGUACCUAUGAUGGCAUCCCAAUGCAUACUCGCGAAGAUUACUAUCCACCCACGAAGCCCUAUGAAAUGUCUGAGGUGCUCAUUGAUUUGUUGAACUUUGCCGCCGAGAAUUUGGUGUUGGGAGGAAGAUUGGUGUAUUGGCUGCCCACCGUCGUAGAUGAAUACUCAAAUGCCGAUGUGCCUCAACAUCCUUGCAUGACCUUAGUAUCCAACAGUGAGCAAAACUUUGGCCAAUGGUCUCGUCGCCUGAUCACGAUGGAAAAGGUGAGAGAUUGGAACAAAGAAGAAUCAGCCUCUGUUGAGCAAUCUGUUGUGUCUGAAGCUGAGAAGGCUGAAAUCAUGGAGAAGGGUACUGAAGAUCCCAAGAGACCAGGCCACUUUUUGUUCCGUGAAAAGUACUUUAACUUUGGCCGUGAAAGCAAUUAA